UCAUAUUUAAUAGUAGCAAAUUUGCAUGACAAUCCAUACAUCUUCUUCCUCCUCUUCACUCUCAAAUUCCCCUCUCUCCCACAAAAUCAAACAAACAUGAUUUUCAAAACCUUGAGCAGCAGAAUCAUACGCAGGAUUACAGCAACACCUCCCCACAAAUCACAGAUUGGAGUGAGGUUUUUAGGAGGUCAAGCUGCGUCUCCUCUACAAGAGAGUGUGGUAGAGGAAGAAAUGGAGUGGGAGAAUUUGGGAUUUGGUUUGGUGCAGACUGAUUAUAUGUAUGUGAUGAAGUGUGGAGAGGAAGAGGACGAGUUCGAGGCGGGUCAACUCAGUCGUUUUGGGAAUAUUGAAUUGAAUCCUGCUGCUGGAGUCUUGAAUUAUGGACAGGGAGUUUUCGAAGGCACGAAAGCUUACCGAAGCGAAAAUGGCGGACUCUUCCUCUUCCGUCCACGAGAAAACGCGAUUCGCAUGCAAUUCGGCGCCGACAGAAUGUGUAUGCAGUCUCCCUCAGUUGAUCAAUUCAUCCAUGCCGUCAAGCAAACCGCUCUCGCCAACCGCCGAUUUAUUCCUCCGCCGGGAAAAGGAUCUCUGUACAUUCGGCCUCUGCUGAUAGGGAGCGGGCCGGUUUUGGGGCUGGCGCCGUCACCGGAGUUCACAUUUUUGGUGUAUGCUUCUCCAGUUGGAAACUAUUUCAAGGAAGGUACUGCGCCGAUCAGCUUGUACGUUGAGGAUGAGUUCCAUCGCGCUGGUCGCGGUGGUGCUGGAGGUGUGAAAAGCGUCACGAAUUAUGCGCCGGUGUUGAAAGCGAUGAAGAGAGCCAAGGAUAAAGGAUUCUCCGAUGUUUUAUACCUGGAUGCGAACAAUAAAAGAGAUGUUGAGGAGGUCUCAGCUUCUAAUGUUUUCAUGGUGAAGGACAAUGUUAUCUCCACUCCACCCACCAAGGGAACGAUUCUUGAAGGAAUUACGCGUAAAAGCAUCAUGGAUAUUGCACAAGAUCUUGGUUAUCAGGUUGAGGAGCGUUCUAUUCCGAUUGAAGAACUACUUGAGGCAGACGAAGUUUUCUGCACUGGGACCGCAGUUAGUGUUGCUCCUGUAGGAAGUAUUACAUACAAGGGUAACAGGGUCGAAUAUAAGAUGAGCACUGAGCUCGGGUCCCUGAAACUUCACUCAAGACUUGUUGGGAUCCAAAGAGGUGAGAUUGAAGAUAGCAGGGGAUGGUUAGUUCAAAUUGAGUGAUCACAGAACUUAUAAAGGCUACCUAAAUAUGCUAUGAAUAUAAGAUAGCCAAAAUUGGUAUAAAUCUCUAUUUCAUUGAUCUUAUCAUCCAAGCCAUGCUUGUGCUGGCUGCCUCAUGCCUAAUCAAUUUCAUUUUAAUUUUCUGAGUAAUGCUACUUGAAAGUUUCUGA